AGUUCUGCAAGCGGCCUUUCCCGAAGGGCCGGAUCGGAAAAUGAAAGCAGCCGAGAGAGCUUUAGCCUUCAGCCAGAAACGGUCAUGGCUGCUGCGGCUGGGACUCCCUUGCGGGAUCUCUGCGACGAAGUCACUUGUUCCAUCUGCCUGGAGUGUUUCAAGGACCCGGUGACCAUAACCACGUGCGGGCACAAUUUCUGCCGCACCUGCCUGAGCAGCUGCUGCCAAAGACCCGGGAAAGGCGACGCCUCCUGCCCCGAGUGUCGAAAAACCUUCGACCACGGGAAGAACAUCAUCCCCAACCGGCCGCUGGCCAACGUGGUUCAGAUCGCGGAGAGGUUCCGACGGGCGGGAAAGAAACCAAGCAAGGCGAACUUGUGUGAAAAGCACCACCAAUCCGUGCAAAUCUCCUGCGAGCACGAAACCGUCCUCAGCUGUGACAUCUGCGGCAUAACCAAGCCGCACAAAAGCAACAACACAGGGACCCCUUUGCAGAAAACCAAGGAUGCACAUAAGGAGUAUGUGGACAGUUUUGUGAAGAUGGUGAAGGAGGUAGAACAAAAUAUUUUGGCACAUCAGUCAGACAGAGAGCAGGAAAGCAAGGACUUGCUGAGACAAAUGAAAGCGGAGCGAGGAAAGGCAACCUCUCUGUUCAGAGAUCUCCACCACUUCCUGGAAGAACAAGAAAAACAAUUCCUGGCCGAGAUGGAAGAGGUAGAGAAGGAGAUUACUGGAAAAAGAGAUUUCUUCAUGGCUUUGUCUUUCCAGGAACUUUCACGCUAUGAAACGAUCAUCCAGACGAUGAAAAAUUCUCAGCAGCCCAACGAUGAACUCUUUACGGAAAUCUCAGACAGCUUGCAAAGUGAAGAAAAGAUUAAGAACCUUCCAUUUUUCCAUUCUACCGUAAAGUGGAAAAUUUGGGACUUCUGUGAUAUCAAUCACAUCCUGGAAGGAAUCACGAAACACUUUAAAGAUACUUUGCUGUCUGGUCUUCAGCUGCAGAAAGCAAACAUAACUCUGGAUUCAGACACGGCUCAUCCCCAACUCACCUUGUUCCUGGAUGGUAAAACAGCAGAACUAGGCGAUCGUCAUCAACAACUGCCCAACAAUCCUGAAAGAUUUGACAUACUGGCUGUUGUGUUGGGACAUGAAGAAUUCAAGAAGGGUCGGCAUUUCUGGGAAGUCAAUGUAGCGAGUCAGAAAGAAUGGGCAGUGGGGAUUUCCCGGAAGAGUGUGAAAAGGAAGGGUGCAUUCUCCUUAAAUAGAGAAGAAGGGGUCAGUAUGCUGGGAAUAUGGGGAGGUAAUUACAAGUUCUCCCUCCCACCUAAUCCUCUUCCUUACUUCCCGGACAAGAAAUUAAAAAGGAUCCGGGUGUGUCUAAAUUGUGCUGCGGGAAUGGUUUCGUUUUUUGAUGCUGAGACUGGAACUCUGCUCUAUUCAACAACUUCCUUUCCAGGAGAGAUCGUUCUUCCCUUCUUUUGGCUGGGGUCACAUGCCCAGCUCAGCCUCUGCCAAUAAGACCUUCCAGUGGGGCCACUGUAAGAAUUCCAGAUGUUAGCACCAGGCUUUGUUUCCAUCUUUGCACUUGGUUUCUUUGAUGUUCGAGAAGAACGCAUCAAAGGCAUUCAGGCGACACAAUCUAGAGCAUUAUAUGUAGUCCUCGACAUAACAACCAUGUAACAGGAGAUUAAAAUCAUGACAAUGCUGAAAAA